ACUUGCAACUCUCGUAAUGUGAUAGGUCGCAUUUUAAAAAGUUUGUAAACAUAGUGUGACGUCGGCGCUCGCAUGCCGCGCCGCCUGCACUGUACUCCGAUAACUGUGGAAAGAAUUCGGACUAUAAAUUAAUGAGCGAAGGCGAGCCGAGUGGCGGCGAGCGCGGCCGAGCGCGGUCAUACGACGCCACUUCAAGAUCCCCCGUCCCGCGUCGCGAGCGGAAUUCGCACGAGCGCCGCGCCUCCGCGCCCGGCUCCGCGCUCCGCCGAGCGCCGUCAGCCGUCAGACGGUUCAGUGUACGUGCGACCGCUCGCGGCCGAGGACGACCGCCGCGCCACGCGCUAUACUCCGCUUAUUACGCAGUAGCGACCAUCGCCGACCGCGUGGACACUUCCGAACAACUUUUGAUGCGAGUUUAUGAAAACCCACAACUGUGCAAAGUGCUAAUUGAACCCUCAGUGAACUCUUGACAGUGCGAAAAAGUUAUAAAGUGCUCGAACUCGGAAGGACGCCUGAAUUUGCGCAGUGGCCAAAUAUUAGGACCGGUGACGAUCGUAGGCGACACGAAACGCGGUGUUACGGGCCACGUUACAAGGUUAUCGCGCCUCUAGUCCGCCAGUGAUGAAUUGGAAAAUCGGCGUAUAGCUCACGUGGUUCGCGCCCCGCCCCCGCCGCGCUCCGCGCUUAUAUUUAGCGAAAAUCACCUCUCGGGAACGGCCCGACGGCCGACGCUCUGCGUACGGCGCUGUUUAUGAACGUUACGGAGAUACCACAUGUUAUUGGCUUCGAAUAACAGAGCCGAUAACGAGAAGACAGAUAACCUCCCGGUGGAGCUCGGGUCCGACGACGUUCUGGAAAUAGAAAAAAAAAUCAGAAACGAGAGCGCACUGUGAUGCUAACGGCCAAAGUCGGCACGCACCGCUAAGCGUGCGGAUCGUCACAGCUACCGAAAAAUUCCACUGAGCCGCUGUGUAGAGAGGCGGAGAUGUCUCUGCAGGCGGGCGGGAGCUACACCAACCUGUGGUCGUCACAGACGGCGCUGCAGGAGCUGGAGGGGGGCAUGGCGGAGCUAGAGCCGCUGGGGGAGCUGGCCGAGGUGGGCUUCGAGCCCCAGCCGCGCGCGCGCUCCAACACGUGGCCGCUGCCGCGCCCCGACAACUUCGUCGACCCUGAGGACGCCGGCUCCAAGAAGAACUCCAACACUAACCUUUCCGGUGCCCCUCCCCUCCCAACAGCAGUGGGCAAGAAGAACUCGUCCCGACGCAAUGCCUGGGGCAACCUCUCUUAUGCUGAUCUCAUCACCCAGGCCAUCACCUCGGCGCAGGACAACCGACUCACGUUGUCACAGAUCUACGAGUGGAUGGUCCAGAAUGUGCCAUAUUUUAAGGAUAAGGGCGAUAGCAAUUCCUCAGCUGGAUGGAAGAAUUCGAUCCGGCAUAACCUGUCGCUGCACAACCGGUUCAUGCGGGUGCAGAACGAAGGCACGGGCAAAUCGUCCUGGUGGAUGAUCAACCCGGACGCCAAGCCCGGCAAGUCUGUGCGGAGACGGGCGGCUUCUAUGGAGACAUCGAAAUUUGAGAAGAGAAGAGGGAGGGUCAAGAAGAAGGCGGAGGCGUUAAGAAAUGGCGCCACAGCCGACGCCACUCCCAGCCCCAGCAGCUCCGUCUCUGAAAGUCUCGACAUGUUCCCAGAAUCACCCAUGCACAGCAGCAAUUUCCAGCUGUCGCCAGCGAACGCGGAGACGUUCCGACAGCGCGCGUCGUCCAACGCAUCGUCCGUCGGCCGCCUGUCGCCGAUCCCGUCGCUCAUCGCCCAGGAACCGGACUGGGUGGAUUACGCGGCGAAUACCGACUACGGGACGGACUACACGAACACGGAUUUCCAAGAGUACGCCCCGGCGGCCGAGCUGGCGGGGUCGCUGGCUGACUCGAUGAAGUUGCAGGGAGCCGAUCCAUUCCUAAACACGUACGUGCCAACGACGUCAUCAUCAUCGACCGGCUACCGCUACUCGUACUCGUGCCCCCAGCACCUGCAUGGCGGCUGCGCGUGCGCCUCCAUGUUCAGCCACCCCGCGCAUCCCGCGCACCCCACGCAUCCUCACGCGCUGGACCACUUCGUCAGGCCGCCGCCACCGGCUGAUCCCGCUGAUAUUAUGCAUACAGAAAACAGCCAAACGCAGAUGGUAACGACGUCGGACGCGGCGUUGAUGAACGGCGGCAUGAUGGUGCAGACGGCCAUGCCCACCACCGUCAUGGGGCAGAUCAUGGGCGCGCUCAACACGGGGCUCGUGGAGGACCUCAACCUCAACAUUGAGUCCUUGGAGCACAGCUUUGACUGUGAUGUUAAUGAGGUGAUAAAACACGAGCUCAGCAUGGACGGUUCGUUGGACUUCAACUUCCCGCAGCAGCAGCAAGCGAUGGCCGCGGAGGCCGACAGCCAGUUCGCGGCGCCCGCGCCGCCCGUGCCCACCACGCUCUCCGGCGGCGGCGCGCCCCGCACGCCCUACUCCGCGACCCCCUCCUGGGUCCACUGAAAACCCCAAAAACGACUACACGGACAGUUACCUACUUAUUGACUACCAGAGGUUGUUAUCUGAGUUAAUUUUCCUAUUAAGUUCAGUUUUUGUUACUUCGGCAUUAAAGUCAAGAUUUUUUGUUCUAUUGUCAUGUUAACUAAUGUUAGAAUUUUAUUGUUUAGUGUAAUAAGUGGACCGUUACCGCUCGUUGUUGAAGUGUCAAUUGUAUUAGUGGUAGUAGGCUUUAGUGUUAAGCUAGGUGGAAGCUUGUGAUAUAGAUAGGGUAUUGUAAUCCGGGUAGUCGCUUGGACCAGGAGGGGACGCAGGUUCGAUCCUGUAUUGCGGACACCGACACCAAACAGAGGUAGUUGCAACGCUUUUAGGAUUGGAAAACUUCUGCAGCGGUCAAUUAAAGUGACGAGCUUUGUGUCAGCAUUUUCAAAUUCAAUGUUCAUCACAAAUGAACCGCGCAUCAGGAAACCUACUCUAGAGACUGAAACCAGUGUUCUUAAACAAAACCUGUUAGUGACAAAAACAAUCUGAAGGUGCGACAUAAUGUUAAAUUUCGAGUGAUAUUUUGGACGAAGUUAGUUAAGAUUUUUCGACCUCGCGUAGCGUGUAGUGGACAAUCAGGCCAAUUCGAACGUGUACUGAUGUCAAACCGAUAUUAGAACCGUCUCACUCGUCCACAAGUCUGAGCGAAAUGAACGCGGCUAACUGAUAUGAUUCCAAUAUCAUUCUAAUAUCGGUUUCAUGUCAGUGCACGUUCGAAUUAACCUGUAUAUGCCGAGUUGAUUUCUCAUCGGUUUAGUAACGUCGCCGCACUGUCCCCUCCUAACACCUAAACUAUGGUCUAUUGAUAUAUUCAAGUACCUCUGAAGAACGGGUGUGUCUGAAUUUAUUUCGGAUGUAGAAAAUGUCUCGUUUUGCGACAAUGCCGUUUACCUAAGUACUUAUGUCGCGAUGUCUGUCCGUAACCAUAGCUGUAACUCAGUCUUAUAAAUAGGAUUAUUGGUUUAAAAUUGUAUGCCCGUAAAUUUUGGUUGCAUGUCGAAUAAAAUAUUGCCUCAAAAUUAAGAUGCUGAUAGUUUUGCAUCUGUGAUGAUUUGUUUUGUGGGCCAAAAUUUAUAGAUGUAGGUAUAGAACCAAUAUAAAAGAUAUAUAUUACUGAUUGAUUCCAUAAUGAAAUCUGCAUGAUUCUUUGUAAUAAAUUCUCCUUUACAAUAUUGUAACAUGUAUAUUGUGUAUACUUACAUUAAUGUUUUCUGCAAGAAGUGGCACCAAUUAGAUUGUAAUUAUUUGUAAUACGCCAUAUUAUUUGUGUUAUUUAUUAUUUACUAAGAAGCUGUACCUCUGAGCCAUAACGUACCUACCAAAAAUAUUUACAAAUAUUGCUCAACCUACUUGACGCCAAAUAUAGACCGAAAUCUAUUAUUACGAUUACAAUAAAUUGUUUUUUCAGUGAGUUUCCGCAGGCAUUAUGAUUAUAAGUACUUCUAUUGCAUUUUUAUAUAGACAUGCACAAAUUUUAUUGGUACGGUGGUAAGAGAUAAUUAUUGCUCCGAUAAUUGUGCCUAUUGACAUGAAAUGUUAAGGAUUUAACAAAGUUUAAUAGCAUCGUGUUUAAGAAACAAAACAAACCAUAAAACAGUGCUCACAGAAACGUUGACGCACAAACCAAACCCGUUUUAGUCAGAUCUCUAGUCCCAGAUAUUAAUUUCGUCAUCUAAGUACAGGAUUUACUCAUUAUUUUAGCUAUAUCGAGUGUUAGCAUAUAAUCUCUACGAAAACAAAAAAAGUUCAUUCUGCUAAUUACCUCAAUGGACUAUUUGUGAUAGAUGUAGCCAAUAAGUGUUCAAUUUAGAAUGUGUAUCAAGUAAGGUCAAUUCUUGUACUUUUGGCGUCCAUUUUUAUGUAUAUUUUAAAACACGUUCGUUUCGCUUCGCCCAUUUAUCAAUUCGGUUAUGCAAGUUAUUUUAAUUUUACAUUAUAAUUACAUAUAUUCACUGCUUCUAUACUUAACUACGUAUAUUUGCAGCUGAUAUUGGUGCUAUAUAUAUACCUUGUUCGUUUGUGUCUAAAAUUUCGUUAUUUUCGGGUUACGUUUAGAAAUAUAAUGUACAAAAUGAGCUCGCAUUUGAAUCACCGGGAGGUGAACAAUUCUAUAUUAUUUCUAUCUUGUAGUUAUGGAUUAGUUAUAUUAAUUGUGACUAAAAGUCAAUCAGUUACUAUGAGUGGUUUGCGGAUGUUCGACAUCGAUAUUAACGUAGGUGUUGGGAAUUAGUAAUCUGCCAAAUAUAAAAUACGUAAUCUUGAGCCAUUUAGAAGAAUCCUAAUGUGUAUAGAUGACGUACCUAAAUUUUAGGCAUUAAUUGAUAAUUCGCGUUUACACUACUGCCGAGCGAAUACGAGUUUUGAUUACCUACAAAAAAGUCGCUAACAUUUUGCUCGGCGGGAGUGUACAGCAGCAUUAGACGAAUGAUGACUCUUUGGAGGUCUCUCAUGAUUUAGUUAAGGAUGUUAGUUAAUAUAUCUCCUGGUUGUUGAAGCAUAUAAUGUAUGAAUUACCGCAACGAGACGGGGUAUGUCAAUCCAGAUGGUCAAUUAUUUAAGACCGAAAUAAAAGUCUGUUCCGUUAAGGCAUAGCGUUAAUGUGAAAAUAUGAACUCCAUUUAGGUUAAACUGAUGUAUUUUUAGUCAGAGUUUUGUAUAAAAUAUAGUGUAUUUGCAUUAUUUUUAAAAUGGCUUGAGUGUAUUUUGGCCUAGUAUGCAUAAACUUUGACUAAAGACAUUGAUGUAAUGUUAGUAAGAUCAUUUUUGUUCAGAUAUAGUACCUAUCAACUGCGUGCAUGUUCUAAAUACCUACAUACAAAUGAAAUUAUCGAUCCAAAUAUACUUACUAAAAAGGCAAAUUUACUAAAUGUGGUGUUACAUAUGUGGACAUUUGAUUAAAUAUUCUGUAAAUAAAUAUAAAAAUCAACAGAUAAAAAUUGUAAUGCAUUGAGAAUAUUUUGCUAAAGGUACUUGACUGUCGACUUGUGUAAAGGGUUUGACAACUUUAACUUAGAUUAGUGAACUUGCUAGGAUAAUGCACAUUUUUAUAUGAAACAGUGUUUUACGGUAUAAGAAACGUAUGUUUGUCUUGUUGGCUAUAUGAAAAUCGAAUAAAUCGUAGUGGAAAUGUCGACACCAUGCAGAGACAGGGGUCUACCGGGUUUACGGAACUGUCAGAACCGUAUUUAACUUUUUUGUUGUCUUGCGAAGAAAAUGUCUGUGACUAAUUAUCACCACAUGCCUAGAUUUUAUAUGAAGUUCUGUAAUAAAACCGCAGACAUAUUUUCUUUUAUCACGGCUUUUUAUAGUAAAUUUGCCAUUACUGUGACGAAUUUCUUACUCAAAAGGCAGUAAUAGCAGAUUUAUGGUUUCUUCAAAGAUCAAACACAUUCAGGUGACUUCGGCUGAUUGUUACAAACAUUAAAAAAUAUUGAAAAACACAGUUUACCAGCAAAUCAAUUGGUCAAAUAGUAAAAUGUGUUUUUGAAUGGGAAACCGCCUUUAAGGCAAAUACACACUAGGUGCGUACUAGGGAAAGUAAACCGGUUUUUAAUUGUAUGGAAAAACCGGUUAAUAACCGGAUGGCGUGCACACGUCUAUAUAUUAUGCACCUGGUGAUAGAGCAUUUAGCAACUGGAGAUGUCAUCGUUGUCAUUUUCUUUACGGAACAUUCUGCCGAUUUUUGCGGGGGAGGGGACGUCAAAUCUAUUGCUAUACUUGGUCAAGCAGAUCUUGUCAGUAGAAAAAGGCGGCAAAUUUGAAAAAUGUAGGUGCGAAGGGAUAUCGUCUCAUAGAAAAUUUGAAUUUCGCGCCUUUUUCUACUGACAAGAUUUGCUUGACCAUCUAUAUUUCUACAUGAUUUGUACGUAACGUACAAAAUAGCCAUGUCAGUCCAUACAAAAGUUUGCAAAUUUGUGCAAGUUUUUCGGCAGAGGGGUAAGCUCUUAAAGGCGACUCCAGUUAUAAAAUGCUCUAAGACCUGGCGUGAUUUGACAGUUGGUAUAUAAUUUGAAAAUUAAUAGCAAUCGGCGGCACCUGCUUAUUUAAAAUGUCAUUGUUUUUGACAUACUUAUCCGUUUGCCAUAAUUAUCAUUUUGUCAGCCUUUCACAGAAAACGAACCGUGUUUCAUUGGAUUACCACAAAUUCCAAAAAUUUUAUCGAGAUAAGUAAAUAUAUAUAAUAAAUGCUGCUAUUUUGUUCUAGGUUAUAUAAUGGGUACCUACAUAAUUAUAACUCAUUGUAAUGUAAUUCUCUGUCGAUUCAUUAGAUGGCGUUAUAAUUUAUGUAUCAACUAGCGCUUACAUAUAUAUGACACUGAGAUUUCGUCAAAGCAUAUAGGUACAAAGAAAUGCUAAGGGGCGUAAAGUAGUGCAAAAUAUACUUAGUAGCCGCAAAUUUUACCGCUGCUAGGUUGGCGAGGAUUUGACCAAACGUGCGCCGAUGACCGCGCAGCACCGUCAUCUUCGGCUGCAAUUUGCUGCCACAAUAUUAUUCAAUACUUCGCCUUAAGUUGCAUCCACACCGCAGUUAACUUUUGUGAAGCAGCACUGUGCAUCACGGUAACAUUAAGUAACUUUUAUGGCUACAGAUAGUUACCUAAUGUAGCAGUAUUCGGUAACACUUGGAAAUCUUGUUCUACAAAAAAGUAACUACGGUGUGGAUGCUGGAUGGACCUUUAGUACAUUUCUCUUGUUUGUGAUUAAUGGUUUGAACGGAGUGUAGUAACAACAGCAUUUACUUUUAACUACAAUAGCUCACAACUAAGAACAAAUGGUAAUUAUGGCAAACACUGUUUAUUAAGAUGUCAUAAUUUAUGCGACACAAUAGUAACCCGUCCGCUCGAUAUGCAUCGAAAUUUAAUAAUUUUAGAAUUGAAAAUGUUUAAGUAAGAGUGAGUAGUUAGUUGCAAUAGCCCAUUUGUCAACCACAAGGGGUACUUAGCAAGUAAUAGAUAAUAUAUUUUAAUAUUAGACCACAGUAUGCAUUGUUAGUGUAGGGACUGCUGGAUACUAUUAUAAUUUAGUACCAACAUGCCCCAAAGUUAUGUAUAAAUUAUUUUGUACAUGUUUAAAAAAUUUUGUUCGCAUAAUUAUGUUUAUGUCGUAAAAUCUACAUUAUUUUUGUUAUAUUUUUCAGUUGCUUAUUAUAUUAUUAUUAAUUUUACGACAGAAAUGUGAAAAACGUAGUUUAAUGAUUAGGAAAAUAUGUGUUUCAGUGUAAAUAUGAUAGACGAAAACAUGUAUGUAGAAGUACAUAAAUCCUAUUUAUGUAUUAAAUUUGAUAUUGUUUUCAAAAUUGAA